UGCCCUAUUUGCUGCUCAUGACCCUUUUUCCUUCCAUGCUGAAGGAAGACGUACCAAGGGGCCCUUGCCAGGCCCAGGAAACAUGACCCCAGGGACCUUGAUGUGAGUGAGAUCUUAAGGGCACCCAGGAUAAGGAGAAAAUGAGGAACGAAUCCUGGACCCGUCUGUCCAGCCACAAGCUGUUGAAGGAUACGAGUCUUCACUUCCUUAAACUUCCAAAUAGGAGUUUAAGUCUAGCAGUUUCUGUAUUUGAGUUAGACUACUACUCUGUUCUUCCUGCUGCUUCUGCAUUCACCAACUCGAAGCAGGGCUUGGCCAGCACCUCUGUGCAUUAUGAAGGCUGAGCUGGCCCAAAGUUCCUGGGCACAGAGCCUAGUCAUAAGCUUGGGGGAAGGGAGGGAACAAGGGCCAUCUCCUAGUUGUUUGUGUCACUGCACCUCCCAGCAGCUUUGCAUAGCUUGUCUGUUUUGCAGCUUUGCUGAGGCCUAAGGCUGUGCCAUUAAAAGUCAGGUCAUCUCCCCUUUGUUUGUGCUUUCUUUCUGGCCUCAGCCUCUGCCCUAGCUGGUGGGAGCCUCCUGCUGGGGCCCUGGGGAAAAUUUCAACUUUUCUAAUAGGCACCCCAGGACCCACACCGACAUCACCAUGUGGGGGUAGGCAGGGUUGGGGUAAGAAGCUUCAAUUUGCAGAGCAAGAGAUGCCAACCCUGCCCUUGCCUCCCCUCCCUGUGAUUCAGGGACACAGUGCCCUUCCCUGGGGAACAGGUUUCAAGCCCAGCUAAGGCAGGGCCCCUGUUUACUCAGCAGAGUAGGCAGGAAGUGGCAGCCGGAUAUAUUGCCAUACCACACUGGCGUUAUUAAUCGUUAACUAUGUGUGAGCUAGAACCAUCUGGGAGAGACUGGGCCAAAAUGGCUGUCACCUCCACUCCCUUUGCCCGCAGGCUGAGUCUGGGAGACCUGUUAUGUAGCUGUCCCAAAGCUUCCUCAGAUGUCUCCACCCAGAAGCCCUUGCCUGGCAAACUGGCUGGGCUGCUCUGACUAAGCUACCCACCCUUGGGAAAGAAGGAAAGAAUGAGCUGAAUGCCUUUAGGGGACCCUGAUCACAGUUCUUGGCAUAGAAGUCUACUCAAGCCAGAGCAGCUUUAAGUUUUUGACUAAGACAAGCUAGAAGGACUGCCCACUACCAACCACCAUAUCUAAGGAGCCCUGUAAGCGCCAUGGAUCCCAAGAAGCCACUCUGCCUUCCCUCCCUUCUGCUGCCGCUUCUGACGCUGCUGCUGCCCCAGGCAGACACUCGGUCAUUCGUAGUGGACCGAGAUCAUGACAGAUUCCUCUUGGACGGGGUUCCGUUCCGCUACGUGUCUGGCAGCCUGCACUACUUUCGGGUACCGCGGGUGCUUUGGGCAGACCGGCUUUUCAAGAUGCGAAUGAGUGGCCUCAACGCCAUACAGUUUUAUGUGCCCUGGAACUACCAUGAGCCAGAGCCUGGGGUCUAUAACUUUAAUGGCAGCCGGGAUCUCAUUGCAUUUCUGAAUGAGGCAACUAUUGCGGACCUGUUGGUCAUACUGAGGCCAGGACCUUACAUCUGUGCAGAGUGGGAGAUGGGGGGUCUUCCAUCCUGGUUGCUUCGUAAACCUAGUAUUCAUCUGAGAACCUCAGAUCCAGACUUCCUUGCUGCAGUGGAUUCCUGGUUCAAGGUUUUGCUACCCAAGAUAUAUCCAUGGCUCUACCACAAUGGAGGCAACAUCAUUAGCAUUCAGGUGGAGAAUGAAUAUGGUAGCUACAGGGCCUGCGACUUCAGCUACAUGAGGCACCUGGCUGGGCUCUUCCGUGCACUACUAGGAGACAAGAUCUUGCUCUUCACCACAGAUGGGCCUGAAGGACUCAAAUGUGGCUCCCUUAAGGGACUCUAUACCACUGUAGAUUUUGGCCCAGCUGACAACAUGACCAAAAUCUUUGCCCUGCAAAGGAAGUAUGAACCCCGUGGGCCAUUGGUGAACUCUGAGUACUAUACAGGCUGGCUGGAUUACUGGGGCCAGAAUCACUCCACACGGUCCAUUCCAUCUGUAACUCAAGGACUAAAGAACAUGCUGAAGUUGGGAGCCAGUGUGAACAUGUACAUGUUCCAUGGAGGUACCAACUUUGGAUACUGGAAUGGUGCUGAUGAGAAAGGACACUUCCUUCCAAUUACUACCAGCUAUGACUACGAUGCACCAAUAUCUGAAGCAGGGGAUCCCACACCUAAGCUUUUUGCUCUUCGAAAUGUCAUCAGCCAGUUCCAGGAAAUUCCCUUGGGACCUUUACCUCCCCCCAGCCCCAAGAUGAUGCUUGGACCUUUGACCCUGCACAUGGAUGGAAAUUUGCUGAAUUUCCUGUACUUCCUGUGCCCCCAAGGGCCCAUCCAUUCAAUCUUGCCAAUGACUUUUGAGGCUGUCAAGCAGGACCAUGGCUUUAUGUUAUACCGGACCUAUCUAACCCGUAAUAUUUUUGAGCCAACACAAUUCUGGGUGCCAAACAACGGAGUCCAUGACCGUGGCUACGUGAUGGUGGAUGGGGUGUUUCAGGGUGUUUUGGAACGAAACAUGAAAUACAAACUAUUUUUGACGGGAAAAGUGGGGGCCAAACUGGAUGUCUUGCUGGAGAACAUGGGAAGGCUCAGUUUCGGGUCUAACCACAGUGACUUCAAGGGCCUAUUAGAGCCACCAAUUCUAGGGCAAAGAAUUCUCACCCAGUGGCUGAUGUUCCCUCUGAAAGUUGAUAAGCUUGUAAAGUGGUGGUUUCCCCUCCAAUUGCUGAAAAGGUCACGUCCUCAAACUCCCUCUGGCCCCACCUUCUACUCUACAACGUUUAAAAUUUUAGACUCAGGCGGGGACACAUUUCUCUUUCUACCUGGAUGGACCAAGGGCCAAGUGUGGAUUAAUGGGUUUAACUUGGGCCGGUACUGGACAAAGUGGGGGCCACAGCAGACCCUCUACGUACCAAGACCCCUGCUGCUUCCUAGGGGAGCUCUCAACAAAAUCACAUUGCUGGAGCUAGAAAACGUGCCUUCCCAACCCCAAAUCCAAUUUCUGGAUAGUCCUAUCCUCAAUAGCACCUCGCAUAAGACAUAUAUCUAUUCCCUCUCAGCUGAUACACAAAGUGCCUCUGAACCAAUGGAGUUAAGUGGGCACUGAAAGAAAGGUAACCCUUGGACCUGGGACAAUGGAGUGGGCAGGAUCCCUUGGUACUAGCCACGGUGACCAUAAGGAACUAAAGGCCACAGGCCUGAAUGUAAGUACAAGUGCAGUUUCCUUGCCAAACUUUAUUGUGAUUAAAGUUCCAGAGACAGUA